AAGGCAUUAGCAACAUUCCAGGGUACCUCAUUCCCUCUUCUGUCCCACUUCCUGCCUCUGAUCUGGUUACCUUCCCAGCACUGAGACAAGUAAUCCAGGGUCCUCUGUCUGCGAUGCAGCCUCCUCCAGCCACACAGCGGUAUAAAAUGAAGCCAUAAAGCACAUCAAUAGAAAUUCAGAAGAUCAUCCGAUUUGUGACAUAGGCUGUGUUAUUGCCAUGGAGACGGUGGUUAUUGUGGCAAUUGGGGUCCUUGCAACAAUCUUUUUGGCAUCAUUUGUGGCUCUUGUGGUUGUCUGUAGACAUCGCUACUGCCAGCCCAGCAACCUAUUGCACCAGUUCGACUCGAAACCAACAGUGGACCUGAUUGGAGCAAUGGAGACCCAGAGCGAGCCCUCAGAACUGGAACUGGAUGACGUUGUUAUCACAAACCCUCACAUUGAGGCAAUCCUGGAGAAUGAAGAGUGGAUAGAGGAUGCUUCGGGCUUGGUGUCGCAUUGCAUUGAGAUUCUCAAGAUAUGUCAUACUCUAACUGAGAAACUUGUUGCCAUGACGAUGGGAUCAGGGGCAAAGAUCAAAUCGCCAGCCAGGCUGAGUGACAUUAUUGUGGUAGCGAAGAGGAUUAGCCCAAGGGUGGAUGAUGUUGUGAGAUCAAUGUACCCACCACUGGAUCCCAAGCUCCUGGAUGCCAGAACCACUGCCCUCUUGCUCUCUGUCAGCCAUCUUGUAUUGGUUACCAGGAAUGCCUGUCACAUGACUGGAAGCCUCGACUGGAUUGACCAAUCCCUUUCCUCGGCUGAGGAGCAUAUGUCAGUACUGAGGGAGGCAGCUCUGGCAAGUGAGCCUGAGAUGAACAUCAUGGGAUGUGACAACUUCUGCCAGGAACAGUCUGCAAUUUAGCCCCAAGGCUGGGCUGACAAUGGAGUAGGGGAGAGACUAGACUCUCCUAGUUCAAACAGCUGUUUUAAUAUGCAACUAUUCUAUAAACACCAUAGCAAGGUUUAAUCAAUCUGUGAAGUGUAUUACUUAACAUUAAUUGAAGACUGUGUUGUACUGUUCAAAUGAUUUUUGGACACAAAAUCAGAUAGUAACAUCAAUUAGUCCUCGAGUCUGCUUGAUUUUUCACUCGAUGUUUAUGAUAAACAUUUAAGAGCACUUUUGAUAACUAUAUAGUUACAUUUCAAUCAAUCUUAUCCUCCUGUUCACUGCUUAUGUUACCUCACUUAUUAUUGUCUCUUUGCUAACUGCACAUUUUCCUACAAAUAUCAUUUUCUUGCAUUGCCAUGCUCAAGUUAGUAAGGAAAUAGAAAGUCCUAAAAUGAGUGAUCUUCCUCUAUUUUGCUAUGUAGUGGCUGAGAAUGGUUGACAUUAAACAGGAUUAAUUGUUAACUAUUUGAAUCUCCCAUGAUGAGUAUGGAAUUUACUUCCUGUUAUCUAAUGUCUCAAGGUUGCUUCAAACUCUAAGGAUUUUAAAGGUAUUGGGAAUUCUCACAAACAUAAUGAAUGUAUAUUGCAGGCUGUUUGUGUUAAGAUUGGACCACAAAAUGUUAGUGGGGAGUAUGAGCAAAUGAAGUGGUUUGUGAAUGUAGUGUUGGCUUUUAUUGCAGGGUUGAUGGAAGACAAAAGCAGGAAAGUCUUGCCACGGGGGCACAAGGUGUUGGUGAGAUCACACCAGGGAACAAUCCAUUUGGAUUUGGUCAAGGAAGGACCUAUUUUGAAGCUGUGGAACAAAGAUUUGCAAGGUUGAUUCCUGGGAUAAGGAGUUGUCCUCUGAAGGAAGUUUGUGGAAUGGGUCCUGUAUUUUCUGGAGUUUAAAAGAAUGAGAGGUGAUCUUAUUGAAAUGUAUAAUAUCCUAAGAAAGCUUGCCAGGGUAACUCCUCCUAAACUGGGGUAGUGUAGAACUAAGGGACAUAGUUUCAGAAUAUUGGUCUGGCAGUUGAGAUUAAAAAGAGGAGGAAUUUGUUCUGUCAAAAGGUGGAGAAAUCUUUGGAAUUCUAUCCCAGAGAACUGUGAAUGUUGAAUCAUUAAGCAUAUUCAUGGCUGAGGUAGAUUGAUCUUUAGACUAUACAGGAAUCCAAGGGUUAUGGGGAUUGAUUUAAAAGAGUUAAAACUCUUAAGCUUCCUAAAACCAAAGCUCAGAACAGCCAGAGUCGUAUUGAAUUGUGGAGCAAGUACAAGGUGCAGAAUGGCCUACUGCUCCUAUUCCUUGCAAUCUUACUAUUUUUAAUAAAGAUGGUAAUCUGUUUAUUUUAAACAGACUGCAGUUAGCAGAUCUGAGAUUGGAAUUGUAUUGAAACCAAAAUGAGUAAUAUCAUAAAGUACAAUUUCUAAUCAUUUAUGUUAAAAGGAUAAAUUGUGCAAGGCUAAAGAAAAAAACAAGACCUCAAACUGAGCAUGAUUCUCUAAAGUGUUCUCUAUUCUACAUUCCUGGAACCAACUCUUCAUUCUUGAACCUUGCAUUGCAGCUAAUGUGUUCUAAUCUGAGGAACUCUGAUUAAUUUGCUCUGAGACAAUGGUUAAUGUAGGAUCUACCCUCUCACAAUACAACACAGCUAAUUAAUAAGAGCCUUUCAUUUGUUUAAAAAAUGUGCAAAUGGAAACAAUUAGUGACAGAAAGGUGUGAAAGUUCAAUGUUUAAUUUGCAAAGUCCUGGUAACAGGUUAGUACCUGAAAUGACACACAAAAUGCUGGAGGAACUCAGCAGGCGAGGCAGCAUCUAUGGAGGGAAAUAAACAGUCGACGUUUCAGGCCAAGACCCUUCAUCAGGACUCUGUCCCGAUGAUAGGCCCUGAUGAAAGGUCUUGACCCGACACGUCAGAGCAGGGGGAUCUGGGGGUUCAUAUCCAUAGAUCACUGAAAGUUGCCACACAGGUGGAUAGGGUAGUUAAGAAAGCUUAUGGGAUGUUAGCUUUCAUAAGUCGUGGGAUCGAGUUUAAGAGCCGCAAAGUAAUGAUGCAGCUUUACAAAACUCUGGUUAGACCACACUUGGAGUACUGUAUCCAAUUCUGGUCACCUCAUUAUAGGAAGGAUUUGGAGGUGUUGGAGAGGGUGCAGAGGAGAUUUACCAGAAUGCUGCCUGGAUUAGAGAGUAUGGAUUGAGGAGAGACUAAAGGAUCUAGGGCUUUACUCAUUGGAGAGAAGGAGGAUGAGGGGAGACAUAAUAGAAGUAUACAAAAUAUUAAGAGGAAUAGAUAGUGGACAGUCAGCACCUCUUUCCUGGGGCACCAACAAGAGGGCAUGGCUUUAAAGUAAUGGGGGGGGGGGGGUGGAAUUCAAGGGAGACGUCAGAGGGAGGUUUUUCACUCAUUCCAUGCACCAGUGGUUGGUGCAUGGAAUGCGCUGCCUGGGGUGGUGGUGGAGGCUGAUACGUUGGUCAAGUUCAAGAGAUUGUUGGAUAAGCAUAGGGAGGAAGUUAAGAUAGAGGGAUAUGUGGGAGGAAGGGGUUAGAUAGUCUUAAGAGUGGUUUGGAGGUCGGCACAACAUGGUGGGCCGAAGGGCCUGUAUUGUGCUGUAUUGUUCUAUGGUUUUAAAUAUUAAUUGUCCUCCAUUUUUUCAUGCUGCUUUUCUUGGUGUAAUCUGCUACUGGUUCCAUUUCCUCUAUUCAUUAAAUAGAUUUUUUUUCCAGAAUAAAUCAACUUUGGUAUACAGGGAUUA